GCGUAUGUAACCGUAGGCCACGUAUUUCGGUCUAUUCGUCAGCAAUUCACAUAAUCUGUGGUCAUACCGAUUCGUCCUCUGAACUGUGAUUGUGUUGUGUUUUUUGCUGCUAAGUCUUCUUUCCCUUGCUAUAAUUGUUUUUCAAUUAUACUCUUUCAGAUUCACCUUUUAAGAGUGGCAUGGGUACAAAAGAAAGACGUCUUUUACUUUUGUCCAGCUCCGUAGUGCAUGGUUCAGAAUAUCUUCAACAUGCAGCUGAUGAUAUAAAUAAUUUCUUGAAGAAGUACCAUGUUACACGUAUCUUGUUUGUACCCUAUGCAUUACAUGAUUAUGAUGAGUACACAAACAAAGUUACAAGUGUCUUUGAGAAAUGGGGAUACAAGGUAAAUAGUAUCCACACAUCAAAAGAUCCUGUUCAAGCUGUAAAACAAGCAGAAACAUUUUAUGUGGGUGGUGGUAACACAUUCCAACUUCUGAAGGCUUUAUAUGACUGGAACCUAAUUGAUCCAAUCAGGAAAAGUGUAUUAGAGGAAGGUGUUCCAUACAUUGGAAGCAGUGCGGGCACUAAUGUAGCAACUCCCAGUAUUUGUACUACAAAUGAUAUGCCUAUCGUGUAUCCACCGAGCUUCACGGCUCUUGGACUCAUUCCUUUCAACAUCAACCCCCACUAUUUGGAUGCCAGUCCUACAACCCACAUGGGUGAAACUCGUGAACAAAGAAUUGAGCAGUACCACAAGAUCCCUGGAGUUCCUCCUGUAGUGGGCUUGCGAGAAGAUUGCCUGCUGCAUAUUGAAGGAGAUAAAAUAACACUUAAAGGAAAGUCUUGUGUGCGUAUAUUUUCACCGGGAAAAAAUCCUGAAGAGCAUGAAGCAGGAUCCAACCUAAGUUUUCUGUUGAAAACUAUAUGACAUGUUCUUCAUUUAAACAUGUUAUCUGUGAUGAAAUUGGGAUGUUUGUUGCUGUAUGCCUUGUAGUAAUAUUUUAAUAAAAUUACACACUUUAUUAUGGCUUUAGAGAA